AUGAAGGAGAAUGGUAUAGAUAAUGGUGUGGAUAAAUGGAUAGAUAAGGGGGGGAGUGACAGUGAUCAUCGUAACAAUUAUAACAACAGCUUAAUGAAAAAAGCGGUGAUGAACAAUGAACAAAUUGAUAGAACGCAGGAUAUCGAUAACGCUAAAGAGAUGCUAAGGAAGAUAUCGAGUGAAAGCAGCUCGCGCAGAAGCUCGCUGUUGAAUAAGGACACAUCUCUUGUUAAUGGCAAUUCAGGUAACGGCGGCGGUACAGGAAUUAAUGCGACAAGAGGGAGUUCGAAGAGUAGCAACACACACUUUCAGUAUGCCUCGACGGCAUAUGGCGUAAGAAUGCUGAGCAAGGAUAUCUCCAAUACCAAAGUCGAGUUAGAUGUGGAAAACUUGAKGAUUGUCACGAAACUGAAUGACGUGUCAUUAUAUUUCUUAACAAGAGAACUGGUGGAGUGGGUAUUAAUACAUUUCCCGCGUGUGACUGUUUAUGUUGACUCUGAAUUGAAAAAUAGCAAGAAAUUUGCCGCCGGUGAGCUGUGUGAAGAUAGCAAGUGUAGAGAAUCACGGAUCAAAUAUUGGACGAAGGAUUUCAUCAGGGAGCACGACGUUUUUUUCGAUUUGGUGGUGACUUUAGGGGGUGACGGUACAGUGCUUUUCGUGAGCUCCAUUUUCCAAAGACAUGUGCCACCCAUCAUGUCAUUUUCGUUGGGAUCGCUAGGGUUUCUAACGAAUUUUAAAUUCGAACAUUUCAGGGAAGAUUUGCCGCGGAUAAUGAAUCACAAGAUCAAGACUAACUUGCGGUUGAGGUUGGAGUGUACCGUUUAUCGCAGACACCGCCCAGAGGUGGACCCUCAUACUGGAAAGAAAAUAUGCGUGGUGGAAAAACUAAGCACACACCAUAUCUUAAAUGAGGUGACCAUUGAUCGUGGUCCAAGUCCGUUUCUCUCCAUGUUGGAAUUGUACGGGGACGGCUCGUUAAUGACUGUUGCUCAAGCCGACGGGCUAAUUGCUGCAACACCCACGGGGUCGACGGCAUAUUCGUUAAGUGCCGGCGGGUCGCUAGUGUGCCCCACGGUGAACGCGAUUGCACUAACGCCCAUUUGCCCACAUGCGUUAAGCUUCAGGCCCAUCAUCCUGCCAGAGAGCAUAAAUCUAAAGGUGAAAGUCUCGAUGAAGUCUAGAGCCCCAGCAUGGGCGGCUUUUGAUGGUAAGGAUAGAAUUGAGCUGCAAAAGGGAGACUUUAUAACUAUAUGCGCCAGUCCAUACGCUUUUCCCACGGUGGAGGCCUCCCCAGACGAGUUUAUCAACAGUAUAAGUCGGCAACUUAACUGGAACGUGAGAGAACAACAAAAGUCCUUCACGCACAUCCUGUCGCAAAAGAACCAAGAGAAGUACGCGCAUGAGGCGAACAAGGUCAAGAGCCAGACUGAACCAUUGGAAGUGAUCAGAGACAAACAGCCAGUGGAAGUUCAUGCCCCCAAAGAGAACGGGACCGACGAUGAGAGCGACGAUGAGAGCGAGAACUGCGAAGCUUGUAAAUUGAAACCUUCAAGCAUGGCCAAGCCUUCGCAAGCAAGAUUCUCCGUCUGA